UCCGCAUGUUUCAUUUUUAAAUUUUAGUAAGUUCGUAUAUUUUUGUAAAAAUGGUGCGGCAUAGCAACCAGUUGCCGGAAAAUCUUCCGCAACUGCAAAACCUGAUCAAGCGGGAUCCGGAAUCGUACAGAGAAGAAUUUCUUCAACAAUAUCAGUACUUUUUGGGCAUUCUGGAAGUCUUCCGUUCAGAGCCAGGCAAGGAAAAUAAGAGUCUCUGUGAAUCUAUUAUGUUCUUGGCUCAGGUGGCCCAAUGUUACGUUGAAGAGCUAAAAACGUUCCCUCAAACGAUUGUUGAUAUGCUGAAGACACACUCAACAAAUUUGGAUCCGGAAAUGAGGAACACAUUUUGUCGAGCGUUAAUUUUGUUACGCAACAAGAACUUGAUUUCGCCGCUAAAUUUAUUGGAACUGUUUUUUCAACUAUUGCGUUGUCCAGAUAAAGCACUAAGAGUGUUUUUAGAGAAUCACAUAAUUACGGAUAUCAAAAAUAUGAAUGCCAAACACAAGGAUAUGAAACUGAAUUCUACGCUGCAAAGCUUUAUGUAUACAAUGUUAAAGGAUGCUAACCCUAAAGCCGCCAAAAUGUCUAUCGACAUAAUGGUCGAAUUGUAUAGAAAACGGAUUUGGAAUGACGCAAAAACCGUCAAUGUGAUUGCAACGGUUGGAUGUUUUUCUAAAGUAACCAAAGUAAUGGUGGCCUCCCUGAAGUUCUUCCUCGGAACCGACGAACAAAACGAGAAAGAUUCUGAAGAGGAUAGCGAUAAAGAAGUUGAUUUAAAAGGUAUAAUGAUGGUAAAUCGGAUAAACAAGAAAACUAAAAAACGCAAAAAGCAGCUGGAAGCAGCGAAAAAGUUAUAUAAUCAAGCACAGAAGAAGAAAUCCAAAGCCGUUUCUUUCAAUUUUUCGGCUAUUCACUUAAUACACAACCCGCAGGGAAUGGCCGAGAAUCUGUUCAAACAACUGCAGGACGGCAACGAACGUUUCGAGGUCAAAUUGAUGCACUUGGAUGUCAUUUCUAGACUAAUUGGUAUACAUGAGCUGUUUCUGUUUAGUUUUUAUCCAUAUAUUACAAGAUUUAUUCAACCGCAUCAGAGACAGGUAACAAGAAUACUACAGUUUGCUGCCCAAGCCUCACACGAGUUGGUCCCGCCUGAACUGAUUGAAUCUGUUAUCAAAACUUUAGUUAACAACUUUGUAACCGAGCGUAACUCAAGUGACGUAAUGGCAAUUGGUUUGAAUGCAGCGAGAGAGAUAUGCUUGCGCUGUCCACUUGCAAUGAACGAGGAUCUUCUGCGGGAUCUUACCAUGUACAAAAAUUAUAAAGAAAAAUCAGUCAUGAUGGCUGCAAAGUCAUUGAUUUUGCUAUACCGCGAGAAAAUUCCAACACUGCUAGCUAGAAAAGACCGCGGACGGCCAACAGAAGCUAGCAUUGAAAUUAAGGCAAAGAGAUAUGGUGAAGUUCAGGCUCUUGAUCAUAUUCCUGGCGCUGAGGCACUGUUAGAAGCUGCACCAGCACUUGAAGUAAGUGAGAACGAUUCUGAGUCGUCAGACUCGGAAGGUGGGUGGGUCGAUGUGGAUAGUGAUGAUGAUGAUCCUGGUGAAGAGAAGAGUAAAAAGAUUACAAUGAUUAAAAAAUCUUCGCUAGAAGAUGAAAACGACGACGAUGAACAGCAGUCGGAUGAAGAAGACGAUGAGGAUGAUGAAGGUGAAUGGGAAACCGAUUCUGAAGCGGAAAGCGAGAGCAUAGAAGAUGAUGAAACAGAAGCUACACCUUCCAAAAACGAACAGCCAGUAAAAGAGCGUAAAACGAUUAAAGCUUCUAAAGCGAAAAUAAAUAAAAAUAAAUCAAUAUCAAGUAAGCAAAACAAUACAACAUCCUCGGAUGUUACUACUUUAACAUCCAAGGAAGCUAUCCAGGAGCUGGCGCGGACAAAGUUAUUUACCGAUGCUGAUUUUGCAAGAAUCGAGCAGGAGCAAGUUAAGAAAAAGAUGACGCAUAACAACCGAAAGCGUCAGCUCGAGAAGGAAAAAAGUGAGUUCGUCAAGCUCGAUGAUAUCGAGAUGAUCUACAAGAAACGUAAGACGGACAAAGAGGCCCGUAUUGAAAGUAUGCAGAAAGGACGCGAAGGGCGGGAGAAAUUCGGCUACAAGGACAACCGGCACGAUCCAUUCUGCUCCAAAACCAAUCGGGAGAAGCGUAAAACUAAGAACUUCAAUAUGAUCCGCCACAAGGCUCGUGGCAAGGUUAAGAAGUCGUUCCGCGAUAAGCAGCUGGCUUUGCGAAAACAUCUGAUGAAUAUGAAAAAAAUGAAAUGAAACCUGAAUAAAAUUUGUAU